AUGGCCGACAAAUCCCACGAGCCCGUGCAGCCCAUCCACCCCUCGAUGGAGGGCAAGCUGGACCCCGUCUUUGUGCAGCUCUACAACGACAACGUCGCCUUCAAGCCCAACGGGCCCAUUGACCUGGCCGUCCUGCGCAAGCACUACUCGCAGCUCUACAGCUACGGCACCGGCGCGGCGCCCGACGCAGCCCGCACCUACGACACGACCUUUCCCCUCGCCGACGGCACCGAGCUGACGCUCCGCGUGUACGAGCCCGCGAGCCCCGGUCCGUGGCCCGUGCAUGUCGACUUCCACGGCGGCGGCUGGGGCCUCGGCGACCUCGAGACGGAGGCGCACAUUUGCAAGCACAUUUGCCACCAGGCCAACGUGGCCGUCAUCGACGUCGCGUACCGCCUCGUGCCCGAGCACCCGUACCCGGCGCCCAUCACCGACAGCUGGGCGGCGCUGCAGUACAUCCACGGCUCCGGCGCGGCGCGGCUCAACAUCAAGCCGGACAGCAUCUCGGUGGGCGGCGUGUCGGCGGGCGGGUUUGUGGCGCUCGCGCUCGCGCACCUCGCGCGCGACGCGGGCCUGCCGCUGCGGCUCGUGGCCGCGGGCACGCCCGUCAUCGACGACCUGCCCGCGGCGGCGGCCGACUCGCCGCACGCGUCGAUGCGCGAAAACGAGUUUGCGCCGACGCUCAACUGGGCGCGCCUCGCCUACUUCAACCGCUUCAAGUUCCCGCAGGACGACCCGGCCGCGGCGGCAAAGGCCAAGGCCGACAUGGGCUGGUUCGCCAACCUGCUCGACGCCCCCAACUUUGCCGACCUGCCCCGCACCGUCCUCUACACGGCCGGCGCAGACCCCCUCCGCGACGAGGGCGAGGCGUACGCGCGCAAGCUGCUGGAGCACGGCAACGAGGUCAUUGCGAAGCGCUUCGUCGGCGUCCCGCAUCCAUUUAUGCACAUGGACGGGAGCUUGAAGCAGGGUCGCGAGUUUAUUGACGAGACGGCACGGUAUGUGCGUUUGGCGCACUGGGAUCAAGGCAACAAAGAGUAA